CACAUGUAGCCAUUUCCAGAGAUCAUCGGGCAGAGUGACAAGAACGGUUUAUCACAGCGACACACACAGAGGGACACAAUGCAGUGGGCAAUUAUCCUUCUCUCUGCUCUGCUGGGACUCGGGGCUUGUAACCCUGUCCAACCCGAAGAAACAAUCCCCGUCAAAGAGAACUUUGAGCUCCAAAAGAUCUAUGGAAAAUGGUACGAUAUCGCCAUUGCUUCUACAUCCUCUUGGUUACAGAAGUACAAGGAUAAAUACUACAUGGGAACUCUGAUAUUGAGUGAGGGAGAUACAGACGAAGGUGUCCAGACCGUGAGCACUCAUAUGCGACGCGGCACAUGUACCCAGCAAACUGGCGUAUAUAAGAAGACGGACAGACCGGGCAAAUUUAACUAUGAAAUUCCAUCAAAGGGCUGGCACUUCGAGAAUUACGUUGUAUUUACCAACUAUGAUGAAUAUGCGAUUAUACUCACAAUGAAGACAAAGAGCAGCGAAACCAAAAAGACGGUCAAGCUUUACGGACGCACCCCAGAAGUACGGCAAAGUCUGAUUGAGGAGUUCCGGCAGUUUGCUGGGGAGCAAGGGAUUCCGGAGGAUUCAAUCUUCACUGUAAUCAAUAACGGCGAAUGCACCCCAGGGGAUUUGGAGGUGACUCCCAGAAGAGCUAGACGAGAUAUUCUGCCUCAAGGAAUCUUGCCUCAAGAAGAGGAGGGUUCUGGGGACAAUACCCCCAUAAUAAAAAACAAUGGAGACUCCUGCCGGCUGGCCGUAGAGAGGGGACCCUGUCUAGGGUCACAUUUGAACUAUUUCUACAAUUCUUCCUCUAUGGCCUGUGAAAUGUUUACAUAUGGAGGUUGCCUUGGCAACAGCAACAACUUUGGCUCGGAGAAAGAAUGUCUUCAGCGAUGCAGGACGGAAGCCGCCUGCCGUUUGCCGAUAGUCACCGGCUCAUGCAAGCAGUCACAGACACUUUGGGCCUUUGAUGCCGCACAGGGUAAAUGCAUUACUUUCACAUACGGUGGCUGCCGUGGCAACGGGAACAAGUUUUAUACUGAAAAGGAAUGCAAGGAGUACUGUGGAGUAACAGGAAAUGGCGAUGACGACAUUUUGAGUUAAUGUAAAACGAGACACAUACAGCUGGAGAGUGCCGUGGCUUAGACCAGCAUCGUGGAUCAUUGUGCCAGGACACCGAACAAGUUAUAAUCCGGUUUAACUGUUUGCAAACUAUACCACAUCACCUGUGUAAUAGCAAGCGUCUUAAAAUGCUCUGAAACUCAAAGUGUUAAAUAGACAGGUUAAUCUUAGCAGGGUGUGGGGUGACAUUGUGGGGUAUUAGAGAAGAAUGGGUCACAGUCAGUUAGCACAAAAUGCUUUGCAAUAAAACUAUACUUCAGUCAUG